GUACUAGCAGUAGUGGGAGCAGUAGGAACCUUGAUAAUAGGAGUAACAAUCCACUACCUACUCCGAAGAAAGAAGCGUGCGCCAGUCCUGCUAGAAGACCCACUGAAGAAAUACAGCCUGCCUUUGAUAGAGAAGCAAAUAAUCAGCCAUGACACCAGAAGAUUCAGGUUCGGACUUCCCUCUAGCAGCCACGUCCUAGGACUGCCCAUAGGCCAGCACGUCCAUCUGAACUGCCAGGUCAACGGGGAGCUGGUGAUCCGCGCCUACACCCCGGUGUCCAGCGAUGACGACCUCGGGUUCGUCGACCUGGUUGUCAAGGUAUACUUCAAGAAUGUCCACCCCAAGUUCCCCGAGGGCGGAAAGAUGAGCCAGUACUUGGAGGCGAUGAAAAUUGGAGACACUAUUGACUUCAAGGGACCUUCAGGCAGGCUUGUUUAUCAUGGAAAGGGCAACUUUGCUAUUAGAUUACUUAGAAAGGAACCUCCUAGUCAGUACCAUGUUAAAAAGGUUGUGAUGAUCGCCGGAGGAACUGGAAUAACCCCAAUGCUGCAACUUAUCCGAGCGAUCUGCAAAGACCCCCAAGACUCAACCCAAGUCUCUUUGCUCUUUGCGAAUCAAACGGAAAAGGAUAUCUUGCUGCGCGAGGAACUGGAACAGGUUCUCAAGGACUACCCGGAACAGUUCAAGCUUUGGUACACUCUCGACUCAGCCGGAGACACCUGGAAGUACUCCACGGGGCACAUCAACGCGGACAUGAUCAAGGAACAUAUGUUUCCUCCAGCAGAUGACACUAUUGUCCUGAUGUGCGGCCCCCCACCUAUGAUCAAUUUUGCCUGUACUCCUAAUCUCGAUAAACUUGGUUAUGAUCCCAAGCUCAGAUUUGCUUAUUAA